GCAGUCCACUGCUGGACAUAGGCCUCUCCAAGUGCACGCCACUGAGAUCAUAAAGAGCAUUGUGUGUUCCGAAUCUUAGGAUGCUUUAAGUUCAGUGUCUUGUAAAUGUAACGUCAUUCGAAUCUGAUGUGAUAUUCCUUAUCGUACGGUGAGAAAGUGAGGCGUGCGUGCUAAUUUAUGAUAUUGUGUGUCUACAGUGACAUGGCAAUGGCAUGCAGAUGGCAGAUGAAAAAGAAAAUUCCAAAUUUUUCGUACCUCGAUCCCCUUUCUCGACAAGCUUUUUGAGAAUACCUAACGUUAAAAAUUGUAAGCCCAAGUCUAUGGCAAAAUAAUGACAUGAAAUUGACAUUUCUGCCAACUUUGACCUUACUGUGUUGACAUUGUUGACAAUUUGAAUUUCAUGAUAUUCAAAAAAAAUACUUGCUCAGCUUGCGAACGUGCUAUGUUGGUGAGACAAUAGAAAAUGUGAUAAAUGUGAACUGUGAAGGAAAUUAAAUCUUGACGCGAUAUUUUUUAUGAAUAGAAUAGAAUACCAAACCAUUAUAAUCUUUAACGUUACGGAACUAAUUAUGUGUGUACGAAGUUUCUAAUAUCACGACGCGACAAUAAAAAAGAAUUAACUUUUUUUAUUAAUUAUAGUAACGUGAAUUAAGUGCAUUAAAAUGGAUACCGAAUUUAUACACAUAUCUACUAGCUUGCGGUUACAACUGGGCUACGGUAUAGGCCAUGUAUUGAACGAUGUUUGUGCAAGUUUAUGGUUUACAUAUUUUCUUGUAUUUUUUCAUUUAGUACUUGAAUUUAGUGCUUCUCAGUCAGGUAACUUAAUGUUAAUCGGUCAAGUAAUGGAUGCUCUAUCAACGCCUUUUGUUGGCUAUCAUUCAGAUCAUACCGACAACCGUUUUAGUAUAAAGUAUGGUAAGCGGAAACUAUGGCAUUUAUUUGGUACAGCCUGUGUUCUUGCUUCAUUCCCGUUCAUAUUCACUGAAUGUAUUGGUUGUUCAUCCACACACAAAUGGGCACAAAUGUAUUAUUAUGCUGCAUUUAUUGUUAUAUUCCAAAUUGGGUGGGCUGCUGUUCAGAUAUCCCACUUAAGUUUAAUACCAGAGCUGUCUGAGGAUGAUCACACAAGGACACAUCUGACUGCAAUCAGAUAUGGAUUUACAGUGUUUUCUAAUCUAUUUGUUUAUAUUAUCACAUGGAUUAUAUUACAUUUGACUGGGGAAUGUGAUAAGCAUCAAGUUGGGCCUACUGAUGCAUGGAAGUUUAGACAUGUUGUCUAUAUAGUAUUAGGACUAGGAACGUUGACAUCAAUAAUAUUUCAUCUUUCUGUUACUGAAAAAAACAACUACCAACGUCAAGAGCUACUCCUAGCUGAAGGUGAAAGCGGGGCACACUAUGAGUUCUUACAAAAACCAGUCAUGUAUCAAGUUGCAGGAGUGUACAUGUGUACGAGGCUGGUAGUCAACAUAUCUCAGGUGCUCAUCCCACUGUACCUGCACCGGACGCUAGGGCUGGCUGCGAGAGCCCUGGCCGUGGUUCCUCUCGCCCUGUACCUCGGCAGUCUGGCAGCUGCUGGAGUACAGAGGUUGGCACCAAGAUCCUUCACUCGAAAACUUAAUUAUUUGACCGGUGCUGCAUGCGCAAUAGCUGGUUUUGUGUGGAUUUAUCUUGGAUCAGAUGAUGAUUACAAAGUUUAUUUCAUUUAUGUGGUUGCUGUGUUAAUAGGUUUUGGUGGUGCAGUGAUGUUGGUGACGAGCCUAGCUCUGACGGCUGACCUAGUCGGAGCUAGGACAGAAGCUUCCGCCUUUGUCUACGGCCUCAUGAGUUUCACUGAUAAGCUCGCGUGCGGUAUUGCAAUUGCUAUUAUACAGGCAUACGCAGACGGCGCCCCGGCGGCGUACUACGGGACCGUGCUUGUGUGGGUGUGUGGCGUCGCAGCGAUUAUAGGACUCGUGCUAACUCUACUCUUGCCAAGAUUUAGAUUUGAUGCUCCAUCAUCCACUGUGGACUCCUCAAUAAAUAACUCUGACGUGAUCUCAGAAGAACAGCAAUUGCCUGCGGCGAUAGAAAGUAUAUGAAGCGAAUUUUAGUACAAUAUAUGUAUGCAAUGCACACAUAAUAUAUUUCUUAAGUAUAUAAUUGACUGGGUAGUUACCAUAAGUAUCAUAUUAUCUCAAGAUGAGUACCUAAAAUACGCAGCCCCGGAUCUUCAAUUUUUUUUAGGCGGGGCAAAAACUGAAAAAUGCCGCCCUGCCUACCUACUUAUGUUUAUUCACCUUUAUCAUCCAUUUAAUUUCAGCUAUCACUAUGCAGGCAGGCAGGGCCGCCUCUAGCUCAUGUAGCGCUUGGGUGCAAUCAUCACCCAAGCGCCACCUAUACCUAGUACAUAUUGAUCGAAGUACUUAGAGUAGUUAUAAGGAAUAUAAAUAAGAACGUUCGAACGAAAGUCACUUUUUUGGUAGGUAAAGGACUUAAAAAAGGUGUCCAACAGGCCCGCCGCUAGCUGUUUGUUCGCCCGCGUGCAAAACCGAUUAUGCCGCCCUACGACUACAUAUUAUACUGGGUUUUGUCAAAAAAUAUAUAAGGGGGUGGGGGUCCAGGGGGUCCGGACCCACCCGCCCAUUCAUAUCCAUUUUACUUGUCCAACAGAAAAAAAUAUCUACAUGCACCGCUCUGAUUGCAGAAAACGCACUUCCUUUUGGAUACAUAAAUAUUGCAAUAGGUACAUAACAUAUAUUACACAUAACUUUUUAUUUACUUGAAAUGCUCAAGUCUUAGAGUAACCUAAGAAGUCCUGGGUUAGCCCAUAAGCAGACUAAGCAAUUGCUUAGGGCAUCAAUGCAGUGCAAUCAUUACCCAAGUGGCCCCUAUUUAUUGAAAGAUUGUGAUUAAUGGGUAGGUACCAACAUAAUGUAUAUCAAAGUGCUUAGAACAGAUUAUGGGUAACUUAAACUUACGAACUUAAAUUAUCUACAGCAAUGUUUAAUUUCAGUAAAAUAUGUUAUUAAUGGUUUUUGGUGGGUUUUCCGUUGAAAAAAUCAACGCAUGAGACAUAUUUCAUAUGUAAGGAAGCGCGAGCGACGCGAGCGAAAUUUAUUUAGUCUAAGGACACAAAACAAAUAAAAACCACUGUAAAUUAACAAAGCAAAGUCAAAAAGUAAGAUAUGCACAGAAACGAAGUGCAAAUGUACAUGAAGCCGCGAGCGAAGCGAGCGCGAUUUUUUCCUUAGAGUUUUCAUGAAGUAAACAUACCAUAAAAAGCCAAAGUGAACAAAAAGCUAUAACGGACGUGCGCGAAAAAUGAUUUUUCGGAAUUGAAGGCCUCAACAAUUAAACAAAGAUAAAUUGCGAUCAGUGCCGGUUUUAACUCAACCAUCGGUUGCUGGUUGGUGAAUGCAAAAACACUGGAAUGUGUCUUCAGAUUGCGCGAGCGAAGCGAGCGCGAAAUUUUUUGUAAUAUUUUAGAACUCAAAACAAAAAUUACUUAAAAUUUUGCCCAAACGUACAUAACUCUUUGUUGAUGAUGGCGCCUAUGUAUUAAAAUUUUGGGACUUAAAGUAGUACCGUAAAUAAGAAAGUUCAUAUGGAAACUAGAAGUUACUUUCUUAUUAAUAAAAGAACUUCAAAACGACGCUCCCUUUUUGCUAGGGUAGACUAAAAAAUCUUGAAAAAUAAAAACAACUGUAAAGUGAAGCAAGCCCGAAAAUUUUUGAGUUUUGGAUCACUAAAAGUCCUAAACAUAUUUAGUAAAAAGCGACUGUGAAGUGAAGAAGCCGCGAGCGAAGGUAGCGCGAAUUUUUUUGAGUAUUGGGACAUUAAAAGUAGCUAUAUGUGAUAAAAAAUUGAAGAGUAAAGUAAGGAAACCGCGAGCGAAGCGAGCGCGAAAAUUUUUGAGUUUUGGGACAUAAAAGUAGUGUUUCUUCGAGAAUUUCUCAAAUUUAACGACGAAUUAAACACAAAUUCGCCUUGGGCGCCCCUGAGCCCGCGGCGCCCAGGUUAUUCGCACACGCUGCACCAUAGGUUAAGAUGGCCCUGAUGCUAUCCAUUCAUUUGGAUACAGUUCUUGUAAGUUGCAAUCUUUGAUGAAAUUUAAAACAAAAAUAGGAGUAACAUUCUGAACAAGGAUUGGUUGGGGGCGCCUGCGGCGCCCCUUAUAUCCGGCGCCCUGGGCCGUCGUACGACCGCGCCCUACCAUAAAACCGCUACUGACUGCGAUAUCUGACAUGGAGGCGCGAGCGCAGCUAGCGCGAUUUUUUUUGGGGAUGCAAAGGAUGAACCCGUCAAAAUUGAUAGGGGACGACCAAAGCGAGGGCGGUUUUUCUGAAAUUUUAUUGCUAAUCUACUCAUCUAUUUUUAGUAAAAAUAUGUUUAUUACGUAAUUAUGGUUUAAUUUUGCCGUAUGGGUUAAUUUUGCCGCCCCCUAAAUAGUGCCGCCCAGGGCAUUUGCCCCCCCUGCUCUCUCCCCCCACGCUACGCCAAUUGUUGAUCUUAAAUCGUUUGUAAUAAUUUUUAAUUUUGAAAAUGAUCAACAGAUGUAACUGAAAUCGGCAGUGUAAGUAAUAUUCUUAGAGCUAUUGCUGUGUUCGGAAAUAUUGAAAUCAAAUAAUUGGUAAGAAGAUAUUGUUUUUUUUUAAUAUAACGUGAUAAGUCGCUCGAUUUGCCGCCCCCUAGGACGUGCCGCCCGCGUGCGGUGCACGCGCUGCACGCCCGCUUACGGCGGGCCUGUGUCCAAAUCAUUGUAGGCUUAAACUGUUGGGCAGGAUUACGUUAUGAAAGUCGAGACAGAUUCAUGCAACCGUAGAAAGUAGCGCAAUUUUUUUAAUUUUGGGACACAAAAACUUAAUAAGUUUUAAAAAGCGCUGUAAAGUAACAAGCAGCGCAAACUUUUUGUUUUUGAGGACUCCGUAAAUUGUUUUUUGCUACAUUCGACUUAUGUAGUAACGAAGGCAAACUAUGUAUAAUAUUGCGCGAGCGUAGCGAGCGCAAAAUUUUUUGAGCCCACGACGCAAAAGUACCUUGUAAAGCAACAAGUAGCCGCGAGCGUAGCGAGCGCGAACUUUUUAAAAAUAUUUGUUUGAUGACUCACAAAUUUAACUGGGAAUUAUGUAAGUACAAAUAAAAAGAAACUGUGAUUAGAGCGAGUGCCAUUUGUGUUCGUUGAUUCGGUGCGUCAAUAAAAAUAAUAAACAAUCAGAAAAAAUGUACAUGUAGUGUCACAUAGCCGCGAGCGUAGCGAUCGCCAAUUUUUUCACUUAGUGGAUGUUAAACGGAUUACUGUCCCAUCGGGCUAUGAGAGGCUAUGAGAGUUAAGGAAUAGGGAGUGCACCUGUAUCUGCGCAAAUGCUUGUGCACUUUAAUAUGUCCUGCGAAGUUGGCUAAUCUCCUUACAUGAGAACAGCCGCCGUAGCCGAUAAUCGGCUAGGAGGACAUCAUCAUCAUCACAAUGUGAAACUUCCUUAUCAAAAGGGUGUAAUUUCAUUGAAAUUUCCUGGUGGUGGGGCGUCCUACGGCGCCCCUGAGACCGAGGCGCCCGGGUUAUUCGCACGCCCUGCACCAUAGGUUAAGAAGGAGCAGGAUUUAAAAUAACAAUAAAUAUGUGAUAAGCGUUUCUGGCUCAUAGAUGAUCGCAAAUAAUUUUAAUCAGUUUUAGUUUGUUAAAACUUCGUCUUGUGAAUAAUAAAUGUUCGUGCAGUCUUGCAGCAUAUCUCUCUCCUCGCUCAGGGUAUCGGUCAAGUUGAUAUGGCCAUAAAAUUGCUGUACUUGUGCUAUUAUUUAUUCCGUGGUCAAUGUUAAAUCAAUGAUGAGUAGUCCAUUGGUCUGUGAAGUGUGAAUUUGGCAGCCGCCUGAUUUUGCCGCCCCCUGAAUUUGCCGCCCGGGGCAUGGGCCCCGGCUUGCCCCCCCCUAGAUCCGGGGCUGAAAAUACGUACCUAUAGGUGAACAUAAUACUAUUUAUUUGGUUACAACAAUACGAAAGGCAUUUUACUCACAUAUUUUAUUUGGUUAUUUAUUCUCAUAAUAAAUCUCUAUAGAAAGUAAUGGGGAACUCUUAGGAAUUGAUAUUUUAAAGUUAGAUUCAGUAUAAGAAGAAUAAAUGGAUCUCGUGCGACAGCCUGAAAGUUGUAGUAUGUGAAGAUGUCUUAGUUAGAGCACAAAAUGACUAUUAACAUAGUAUAAUAAAAAUGAUAACACGUUACUAGUGUUAUUUUACAUUCCGGCAACUGUUGUGAAUAUUUAGUUAAUACAUAUCUAGAUAUUCUAUUGUUAUUUUUGUGUUAAGAUUUUAACUGUGUUAUGAUAGUACAGGUGCUAAUUGUGUAAAUGAUAUUUAAUUGCAAGUUAAUUACCAAUUGAUAUUAUAUUUACUAGAAAAAAAAAACAUAAUAUUCACUCAGUACUGCAUACCUAAUUAUUAUUGAAAUAUAAGUAAUUAUUAUGGAGCUACAUUUUCGUACCUAAUAUUAACUAUAAAGUGACUAUGGAGUAGGUACUUAUUUUUUUUAUUGUGAUUAUUAAAUUACCGCUGUAUUAUUCUAGCCAAAUUGCACAUCAGUAAAUCAGUAGGUAUAUAGGUAGGUACUUUUUAUAAAUUAAAUAAAUUAUUUUUGAAUCUGUA